AUGUUCGAAAACAUUGAUCAAGAUCAACUACAAACAUCAUCACCAGAUAAUUGUUCACAAGGACGCUCUCAACGAUCGAGUUUAGAAUGUCGUGUUUGUGGGGCUCCAGCUUGUGGUAUGAAUUUUAAUCAAAUCACUUGUCAACCAUGUAAAGCAUUUUUUCGUCGAAAUGCAUUACGGGAUAUGUCGCAGUUGAAAUGUCAUCAGUCGGGUUCGUGUGAUAUUAAUAUUCGCACACGUCGUAUGUGUCCAUAUUGUCGAUUAAAGAAAUGUUUUGAUAUUAAAAUGCGUAAAGAAUUGAUACUUUCUGAAGAAGAAAAAAAAUCAAGAUAUGCAAUGAAAUUAGCAAAACAACAUAAGAAAAUAAAUGAUCGAUCAAAUGAUCAAAAAUCUCUUGCUAUUGUUCCAACAGUUCUACGAAAGAGAAAAAACUUAAUAAUAAAAUCAAUAAGCCAAGAUAUUGUCACUUAUCCGCUUUGUAAAACGCAGCGCUUUGAUUAUAAUUAUAUUCUACUUGAUGAUCAUCGAAUAUUGUUAAAUAAUAUAAAUAAUGCUUAUCAGUUGGUAGUAGGUGUACAUGAUUUUUCCUAUAUUGAAAGAUAUACAUCAUCUACACCUUUCUCACAGUUUAUUAAUGAUGAAACUGUUGUUCAUGAAUCAUUAAUUAAUUUUUUUAAAUGUAUACCAGAAUUUAAACAAUUACAUAUAAGUGAUCAAAUUCUAUUGAUUAAAUCUAAUUUUGUUAAUAUUAUACAUUUACAUCAUAUAAUGGUACAUAGUUUUCAAGACUGGUCAAGUCAACGUGAACACAUAUCCAGAUGGAUAAGUAAAGAUUUUCAUAGUCAAGUAGUUCGAACACGUCGAUAUCUUCUUCCUUUUAUGAAUAAUCCAUUAAUAUUAAAACUUGCAUUAAUUGUUUUUAUCUUCAAUAUUAAUUUAUCUACAUCAUCUGAUAUUAAUAAAAAUUAUCAUUAUAAAAGUAAGAGAAUAUUCAUUGAAUUGCAAAAUUUUUAUACAAAUGUCCUAUGGCAUUAUUUAAAUUAUUUAUUUGAUGAAAAAGAAGCAAUAAAAGUAAUGCUAACAAUAGUUACGCAAAUUUUACGUUAUCAAGUAUUAAUGGUUACAAUGAAUAAUUCUGUAAGGCAAACUUCAGAUUGUAAUAGAUUUCAUUCAUUAAUGCAAUCUGUAUUUGGACUUACUUCAGAAAUAGACUGA